GUCUGCUUCCGGGCUAGACCAUCUCCAGGAGUUCCUGGGACUCAGAUUCCCCCAAACUCCCAGGAUGCGGGUCCUGAGGCUCCCCACCCUCCUGCUGCUCUCGGGGGCGCUGGUCCUGCCCCCCAGCUGGGCCGGCCCCCACUCCCUGAGAUACUUCCUCACCGCCGUGUCCCGGCCCGGCCGCGGGGAGCCCCGCUUCCUCUCCGUCGGCUACGUGGACGACACGCAGUUCGUGGGGUUCGACAGCGACGCGGCGAGUGGGAGGGUGGAGCCGCGGGCGCUGUGGAUGCAGCAGCCGUGGGUGGAGCGGGAGGACCCGGAGUAUUGGGACCAGUGCACGCGGGUCUGCAAGGAAGAGGAACAGUUUUUCCGAGAAAGACUGCACACCCUGCGCCGCUACUACAACCAGAGCGAGGACGGGUCUCACACCUUCCAGAAGAUGUUUGGCUGCGAGGUGGGACCCGACGGGCGCCUCUUCCACGGGUACAUGCAAUACGCCUACGACGGCACCGACUACCUUGCCCUGAACGAGGACCUGACCUCCUGGAUGGCAGCCGACAAGGCGGCGGCUCAGACAAAGCGCAGGUUGGAGGCGGCGGGUGCGGCAGAGGAUUGGAGGAGCUACCUGGAGGGCCGGUGUGUCAACUGGCUCCACCUUUACCUGCACAAUGGGAAGGAGACCCUGCAGCGCGCAGAGCCUCCAAAGGCACAUGUGGCCCGCCACCCCGUCUCUGCCAGUGAGGUCACCCUGAGGUGCUGGGCGCUGGGCUUCUACCCUGCGGACAUCAGCCUGACCUGGGAGCGUGAUGGGGAGGACCAGACCCAGGACGUGGAGAUGGUGGAGACCAGGCCUGCGGGGGACGGCACCUUCCAGAAGUGGGCGGCCGUGGGGGUGCCCCCUGGAGAGGAGCACAGAUACACGUGCCAUGUGCAGCACGAGGGGCUGCCUGAGCCCCUGACCCUGAGAUGGGAGCCACCUUCUCACACCUCCUUCAUCAUCCUGGGCAUCGCUGGAGGCCUGGUUCUGCUGGGAGCUGUGGCUGGAAUUGUCAGGUGGGGGAGGAGUCACUCAGGUGGAAAAGGAGGGAGCUACGCUCAGGCUGCCAGUGACAGUGACAGCACCCAGGGCUUUGAUGUGUCUCUCUCGGCUUCUAAAGCGUAAGACGGCUGCCAUGUGGGGACUGAGUGAUGGAAGGUGUGUUCCUGUUCCCACUUCCUGACUCAAGAACAUCUGAUUGGGUGGCUGGCCUGUAGGAAGACACCCAUUGUCUUCAGUAUCAGGGAAGUGUGAGCAAGGAGCCAGGAACGCUGGUGAACCUUGAGCCCUGUCAAGGACCAGAGCUAUGCACUGAUUGUUUAGUCCACACAAUGGUGGUUUAAGCGAUUUCCUGACCAAAUAGUCUCUGAGUAAAUCUAAUAUUUACUCACCUCUAAGAUAGUCUGUCUGUUACCGGAAUUGCCUCCCUGACUAAGUGCUGUUUGUGUAUCCCAAGGUGAAUCCAAGGUUGGCAUGGCCUGGGCACCAGGGGCGGUCCUUACCCCUGUGUUGGGCUUCCCGCCCGGCCCCCAGUACUUCCCAAAUAUUAUUUCUUGUCUCGUCUCUGACCUUUGUGUGCGGACCUCCUCCAGGUUCCAAAGCCUGAACCACUCAGGAUGUGGCUUGCACAUCUGGUGCCACAACGAGGGACAUUUGGAGAAGAGUUAGCCUAAAACAGAAAAACAAAGCUUCAUCGGCAAGGCAGGGAAGAUUUCACCGGAUAGGUGGGGAAAUCCACCACGUGCAAAAACUCACAGCCAGCUGCAGAAGUUGCUAUUUGUAACUAGGGAGGAACAUCUUUUUUUUUUUUUUAGCCAGGUUAGAGGGGCAGAAUUCUGUUCAAAAGUAAGAAACUUUAUUGUAGACUCUUGGUUUGCAUGCUUAAGAAUAAAGAAAUUAGUGUUAGGAGGUAUUCUCUUAUAGUUUUUGCAUGAUAUUAUAGAACAUAACCCUUGGUUUGCUGAAGAAGGUACAUUAGAUCUUUUUUUUUUUUUUUUGGUCAAAAUUCAUUUUACUAAUAGAAAAUAAACACUUAUUCCACUUUCAAUUGUUAUACUUGAAGUCGCUAAUUU